AUGGCAGAGCGGAUCGAUCACACACAUCCUCUGUACGUGCAUCCAUCAGACACUCCUGGAACUGUUCCCAUUCCAUUUCAAUUAAAAGGUUCUGAAAACUAUGGGAUAUGGCGGAGAUCGAUGACGAUAGCUUUACAGGCUAAAAGGAAAUUGGUUUGGGAAGAUUUGAAGGAGCGAUUUGACAAGGUCAAUCGUAUGAGAAUUUAUCAAUUGCAUCGAGAAAUCAACACAAUUGUACAAGGAACGAACUCUAUAGUUGAGUAUUUCACCAAAUUGAAAGAAUUGUGGUCUGAAUUUGAUGCAAUGGUCCCUUCUACUGAUUGUGGUUGUGCUAAAGGGAAGGAGAAUGUGAAGCAUCUUCAACAACAACGCUUGUUACAUUUUUUAGGAGGCUUAAAUGAUUCUUAUGAUCAAGCAAGACGACAAAUCCUUAUGAAGACAGUUGAACCUAUUUUAAAUCAGGCUUAUGCACUAAUCAUUGAGGAUGAAUGCCAAAAGGGUACUGGUCUGAAAGCUAUGCCUAAUUUGAUUGUGAAAGGUAAUGACAUUACUGCACUAUGGAGUGCACGAGGAUCACAGACCUAUAUGAAACCACAUAAUGAACACUGGAAUGAGAGAUGUGAUUUUUGUAAGAUUAAAGGUCACAUUAAGGCAAAUUGCUAUAAGUUUACUGGUUAUCCUCCCAAUUACAAAGGCAAGAAGAAAGAUGGAAUUGCUGCUAAUAACUCUUUCUUGGGUGAUCAAUACCCUAUGAGGUCUUUGGAUCAGUUUUCUUAUAAUGGUAACAAUUUUCAUCCACAGCCAACAGGUUCACAUUAUAAUGGUUACAGCUCAAACAAUUAUGAUUUUAAUGGUUAUACACCAGAAGUUCCUCAUAGGGGUAUUGUUACCUCAUUUCAUGCUAGUAGUAUGCCUAAUAGGUGGAUAGUUGAUACAGGUGUCACUAAUCACAUGACUUCAGAUCUAAGAUUGCUAUAUGAAACCUGUAAACAACAAGGUCAGCAUGUUCAUUUGCCUGAUGGAAGUAAAACAUUUAUAUCUCACAUAGGACAAUGUAGGUUGCCUCAAGGUGUUAUUCAGAAUGUCCUCCAUGUUCCAGAUUUUGAAUACAACCUGUUAUCAGUUUCCAAGUUAAUAAGGGAAUUACAGUGUUGUAUGACAUUUUAUCCAGAUUAUUGUCUACUACAGGACCUUCACACUGGGAAAGUGAAGGGGAUUGAGGAAUUAGAUCUUGUUCCUCAUGGUUCAAAUAUUUCUGAUGAUAAUAAUGUACUUCAUAAUCCUGUCUCCACACCUACUCCAAUUCCUCCUGUUGCAGUUAGGAAUUCAAGUAGAAUGGUUAAACCUCCAGGCUGGCUUCAUGACUUUGUUCAUGCCCUUUUACCGUCCCAUGAUGUGUCUCUUCCACCUUCUACUUCUUGUCAAUAUCCUCUAUCAAAUUACUUGUCCUAUGCUAAUAUUGUUGUUCCCUAUUACAAGUCCAUAUGUGCUUAUUUUGCCAUCAAAGAGCAUAUUACAUAUGUUGAGGCUGCAGGACAUUCUGAAUGGUUACUUGCCAUGCAAUAA